GCGGCUCGAUUCAAUAUGAACCGUGAUUGUAAUCCGGAGAAAGUGGAGGAACUAUUGAUCUCUCAUUUAAAAGAGAAAAAUGUUUUCCAAAUGGAAAAAUCAUGGACCAUUCGUGAUUCCCCAUUAAGCGGGUAUGGCGUGUACGCCAACCGCGACAUUCGACAGAAUGAAUUAAUCAUCGUCGAUGCGCCUCUGAUAAUCGGACCAAGGGCAAUAGGCAAACAUCUACAGAUGUGCGUGUGCUGUUAUAAGAAGGAGUGCGCGUUAUUUCCGUGCGACAGAGGCUGUGGCCUGCCGGUUUGCUCUGUAGAAUGCAAGAACUCGUCGCAACACGCGAAUUAUGAAUGCGAGUACUUGAGAUCAUUGGUACCGAAUUGUGGCACCGAUUGGUCCUCAGAUCUGAUGUUAGCUGUGGUCCCUAUCCGUGCGCUCUUUUUGACUGGACAGCAACGAGAAUGCUUGGCCACGUUUCAGUCUUAUCAAGCUGACGUUUAUUACGAGCUUGAUUUGCUUACGAAAAACGUGGUCAAUCUUCCGACCGAGGAGGAUAUGAAGCUGAUGAAGCAUGUAUGCGGCGCUUUUUAUACGAAUGCCUUCGAGACGGUCAAAGUUCACGAUAAGGAUCAUUCCUCGAGUUUGCGAGCCCUCUAUCCUAUGGCAGCAUUGCAAAAUCAUUGCUGCGUUCCGAAUACCAGCCAUCACUUCGACGCGGAAUUCAGGCUUUACGUCAACACGACCCGUCCUAUUUCUGCCGGUGAAGAAUUGACAAUGACCUAUACCAGUCUAUUUUGGGAUAACACGUUGCGGCGGCAAUUUUUAAGCACCACCAAACACUUCUCCUGCAUGUGCGGGAGGUGUAGCGAUUCUACUGAGUUUGGGUCUAAAUUAGGUGCUCUCUUGUGCGCAUCCGAUAAAUGUCCUGGACAGUUAUUACCUCGCGAUUCGCUUAAUAUGAAAAGUCCUUGGGCCUGUGAUACGUGUACCGUAAUUAUAAAUCAUCGGCAGAUACAUUCGAUACGUUCAGGUAUAGCAGCAGUAAUGGAAGAGGUUUUAUAUAAAACUCCGCGACAAGUUUUUAAGUUCAUGCGAAGGGAAUUGAGGCACCUGGUUCCUCGGACCAAUUAUCUACUCGUAGACGUAAAGUUUCGAAUCAUUUCCUAUUACGGCAAAAACGAUGGAAUCACGUGGCAAGAUUUAACUGAUGGCGAACUGAACGUGAAAGCAAAUUACUGCAACGAUUUGCUUUCCAUACUGGACACUUUAGGCUGCGGAGAUUGUCAAAAAAGAGGCCUCAUUUUGUACGAACUAUACUGCACAAAUUUCGAGAAAAUGAAACGAUUUAAAGAGCGACCGCGUACUGAAAAGGUACUCACAUCGCGUUCGUAUCGUCUUGUAUAUUUUAUCUUUGCAUUUUUAGAUGGACGAAAACGAACAUUUGUUACAAAAAGCAUUAGCCAUAUUGAGAAAUGAUGCUGUUAUACAAGUUAGGUAUGAACACGAUAAACAGUAUUUUAAAUGAUCUGUAAAAUAGGCUGGCUAAAAGGAUGAAGUGAAAAAGAUUUGAAAAAUGUAUUUUAUUUUAUCACAUUAUUCGUAUUAAAUUAUUAUAUUUCUCUCGGA